ACAACCGACGUAGGCACCUACCGAGUCUCGAAGCUCCGUUUCAGUCCGAAAUGAAUGAUCUGAAUAACGACUCGACAGAAUGAGAAGACUCUAUUCUUUCCUCUAUCUAGGGUUCAUUCAUCGAACCUCCAAAUUUCACCUCAAUUCGCUUCGCUUUUACUCUGAUCGACCCAAUCUUUCUUCCCCCAAGCGUCCAGGACCACUUACACAUUAUAGGAGUCUUGUUGAAUGUGGGAAGCUACAACAUGAUCCUUUCCAGGAAAAGGUUGCUGUGGAACUUGAAAAUUUGCUGGAGAGGUUGGAGCAAUAUGAGAAUGAAAUGGAAGAAUACCAUGUGGGAAUAUAUCUGGGAUUCUGUGAGACUAUGACUACUCUAGGAAUGCUACUCUUAUGAUUGUGCAUCUUCUCUCUCCUUUUCUAGGUAAAGGUAUCCAAUUGGGAGGAGGAUAGGGAGAAUGAGCGGCGUAAGCUUCUGAUGGAGGAAGCUGAGGUCAGACAGCAGGGAAACAUACUGACAUCAGUAAGCAAGCAUCGAAAUAGAUUUAUUGAAAGAUGGAUCUCCAGGAGAAAACCUGAAAAUGUUGAACCAGGAGUGGGGAAGUGGGUUUCCUAUCUUAAUCGUGAGAAGAAGUUGGACUCGCUUGUUGGUCGCCGUCCCACUGCUCCUCCAGCCCCAAAAGGACUCUACCUGUUCGGGAGUGUGGGAAGUGGGAAGACAAUGCUUAUGGAUAUGUUUUAUAGUGCCACUGAAGGGAUUGUUAAACACCGAAGGAGGUUUCACUUUCAUGAGGCUAUGCUUGUAAUACAUGAACUUAUGCAUAAAAUAUGGAAGAAUCAAGUGCAGAAGAAGUCUCACCAGUCAAGCAUUUCUAGCUGGAUUAUGAAUCUUCCUUUUGAUACAAAAGUGAAAGAAUGGGUAGCUGCAGAAGAAAAAUAUAUGCAAGAGGUACAGAUGAAAUAUAUUCUUCCAGCUGUGGCAGAUAAGUUUCUUGUUGAUCAACAGGGAGAUCAUGGAGGAGCUAGCAUUUUAUGCUUUGACGAAAUACAGACGGUAGAUGUGUUUGCUGUUGUGGCCUUAUCCGGGAUUGUAAGCAGAUUGUUAAGUACUGGAACUGUUCUUGUGGCCACCAGUAAUCGGGCACCAAUGGACUUGAAUCAGGAUGGUAUGCAGCGUGAGAUCUUUCUGCAGUUAGUAGCUAAAUUGGAGGAGCACUGCAAAAAUGUUCUGAUUGGAAGUGAAAUUGAUUAUCGACGUCUUAUAGCCCAAAGAUCUUUAGACCAGGUUCACUACUUCUGGCCUCUGGAUAAGGGUGCAAUCCGGGAAUUUGAGAAAAUGUGGGACGAGAUUUUGAGACAAUCAGGUGGAAGGGUCACCUCUAAAACUAUCCCAGUGAUGUUUGGAAGAACAUUGGAAGUUCCUGAAAGCUGUAACGGGGUGGCACGGUUCUCAUUUGAGUAUUUAUGUGGUCAACCGGUUGGGGCAGCAGAUUAUAUUGCAGUGGCUAAAAACUAUCACACAGUCUUUAUCUCACACAUUCCUGCAAUGAGCAUGCGCAUUCGUGACAAGGCACGGAGGUUCAUCACGCUUGUGGAUGAAUUAUACAAUCAUCAUUGUUGCCUGUAUUGUUCUGCAGCUUCUUCUAUUGAUGAUUUAUUUCAGGGAACUGAAGAGGGAACCCUUUUUGAUUUGGAGAGUUUCCAAUUUGAAACGGAGGCUGAAGGUGGGAAACUUCGUCGAAAUGUGUUAGCAGAAGGCAAUGUGGGUGCAGGAGGUUCACCUGCGGGUAUCAUUUCCCUGCUAUCUGGUCAAGAGGAGAUGUUUGCCUUUCGUCGAGCUGUCUCGCGUUUGAUUGAAAUGCAAACACCAUUGUACCUUGAAGGAGUCCAUCAUCUUCAUCCCUAUUACCAUAUGCAGCAUCAUGAAGAAUUUCAAGAUGAUAGUGCAACUGCAUCAUAACCUUAGUAAGCCCCCUUGAGAAGCAAAUUUGUUCUAUGUAUGCCAUACCUACUUUACACAUUCACGAUAUUGAUUCCUCACUUCUCUGGUAGACAUUUGGUCAUUUAUCUUGUAUGUCAACUUUCUAUCAUUGUAUUUUCUUAAACGGAUAUAUCAAUAA